AAGCCUUCAAAUAUUCACCAAAAGCUUUAAAAAAAUUCACAUAAGAUACCAAAAGGAAAAAAAAAAAUGGGAGGACAAAGUUUUAUUUUACUUGUUGCUGUCAUAUGUUUUUGCACUAUCUCAGUGUCAAUUGCAGAUGAGGGGACCGCCACCUAUUAUACUGCUCCUUAUGUUCCCUCAUCAUGUUAUGGAUACCAAGACAAUGGAGUGAUGAUUGCAGCAGCAAGUGAUACAAUCUGGGGAAAUAGGGCAGCAUGUGGAAGAAUGUAUAGAGUCACUUGUACUGGUCCUACUAAUCAAGGUGUUCCACAACCUUGUACUGGAAGAAGUGUUGUUGUUAAAAUUGUAGAUUAUUGUCCACCUGGAUGCAGAGGGACUAUUGAUCUUUCUCAAGAAGCAUUUUCCCAAAUUGCCAAUCUAGAUGCUGGCAAAGUCAAUAUUAAUUACAAUCAGGUCUAAAGUUCGAAGGCCACGUUUGAUGCAAAAUCGUCAAACAGGAAAUUGGAAUAAAACACAAUUGGAAUAAAACAGAAGUUCUACACAUGCCAAGAAAUAUGCAUAUAUCUUGGCUCUUUUUCUAUAUGUUCAUAGAAGCAAUUUGUUUAGUGCCUGUAACCUAUAUAUGUGUAUUAUUAAUAAAUCUUCUUCUUCUACUA